AUGUCGUCAUUAGAGUUCUUGUAUUUGGAUCACAAUAGCCUCACCGGUGCAUUUCCUCUUGUCAUCUUUAACUUGUCUUCUCUAAAGAGUAUUGAUAUUACAGGAAAUUACCUCAUAGCAGGAAAUAACCUCUCAGGAACGCUCCCAGUGGAUCUUUGUAGCCAUUGUCCUAAUCUUCAAAGAUUGUAUAUUUCCCGCAACAAAUUCAGCGGUAAGCUCCCCUCACAGUUUAAUAACUGCAGAGAGCUUUCAGUAUUAUCUCUAUCAUACAAUAUGUUUGAUGGAAGUAUUCCAAAAGGUUUUGUUAGUCUAAAAAAGCUUGAAAGCCUCUAUCUUGGAGGUAACAACUUAAUUGGAAACAUUCCUCCUAUCGUAAGCAAUUUAUCAAUGUUACAAGGGUUUUAUGCUGAAAGAAACAACAUUAAAGGAAGCAUGCCAAGUGAUUUAUGGCGUCUCCAAAAUCUGAAGGAAUUGGAUAUUCAUUAUAAUGAUCUCACUGGGACAAUACCCCCAAAUAUUUUCAACAUUACCUCUCUACAAUCACUCAACUUGUUGGGUAAUUCCUUAUCUGGAAAUCUUUCAUUAGAUACUAGGAUCCCUUGCCCUAAUCUUGGAGGCUUAGUUCUUGGUGACAAUAACAUUAGCGGUCGUAUCCCAUCAUAUCUUUCAAAUUGUUCCAACCUUGUCGCAGUAGAUUUAUCUAGAAAUUUACUCUCUGGGCCUAUACCUAGAAGUCUUGGAAACUUAAAAUAUCUCGAAAUCAUUGAUCUAGGUGAUAAUCAACUAACAGAGGAGUCUGGGCAUUAA